UAUCUACGUCCGUCAGCCAUUUUAAGCGCACAACACACAGCGACACAAUAAUAUAUGCCAACAGCAGCAAAAUCACACAUUAUGCAUGCAUAUAUGAAUUGGAUUACACGGCACUGCUGUAUUCACUGUUUAUAACAUGAGUCUGUGUAGUCUGACAGCAAAUAGGGCUAUCUAUGACUGUGGUAAUAGGAGGGCACAAACAACCACACAAACACAAGUAAUGCAACAAAAUGGCAUGUCGCCACGUUAAACCCAAAGCGCUCAACGUGUUACAUUACCUUGAGAAGUAGUCUUCAGCGGUACAAGCGGCAAACAGGAGGAAACCAAAAGCACCACUAAAAUGUCAAGCGAAGUGACAAGACUCGAGCCGAGGCGGACAUGCUAGCCCAUUAGCUUAACAUAGCCGGUCAUUUCGGGGAGCGACGGCGUCAUCUUCUGCGCUUCAGUUAACCGGUGUGAUUUCGACAAACCCGCUCGUUCACAUGGCUGUGACAUAAACCUUCCGAGCUGUGCCGGUCCACGCUCAAAUGUGGGCUUAACCGAGAAUAUAUCAAAUUAAUGUACCUUGGAUAUGGCUAAAUAUUCAGUCAAGAUGGCUCGAAAAAUACGCCUCUUUUAGGAAAAAAAUGCCUGCAGCCAAUCAGAGUGCGUCGCUUCUCAUCGUUGUCAACGCGCACCGCAAUAUCAUUGGUUAGUUUGGCACAGGCAAUUCACCGCACUCGCUGUGUACCUUCUGCCGGGGAAUGCGGUGAGAAAAACAACUGUGUGUGACUUGCGCGCCUUUUGGCCUUCGAUAGACCCCAUUAUAAACUUUUUGAUACACGCCUGCUGUUCUCAAAGAAAUACUUUUUCUAAAAUAAAGUAAAUAAGCAAGUCAUAAAAUGUAACAACACAAUAUAUAGCUUUGGAUCUGCUUUGCAAUAAUUGUUACAAUAGAGCUCUUGGCUUAUAAAUACUAGUUUAAAAUGUUUCAUGGAGAAAUGAAUACUAUGGACUAAAAGCACUCUUGACAGCUACAAACUCAACCUUUAUAACUGAGAAUAUUAAAGACUAAAGACCAAGCGUCAUAGAAAAUGAAUUAAUGAAAAUAUAAAAAAAACUCUAACUUUUCUCCCUCCCCUCCAAUUGUUUUCAUACAGCUCCUCCCACCACCACAAUUGAUGUCAUUGGUUAUCCUCAUGAAUUUGCCCUCUUCAGAUCAUUUGUCAGCUCGCUGUCUUGAGGUCCCAGUCCAGCUGUUCCCACGAUUUGGACUCUUCUCAUGUGCAGUGCAUAAGAACAUGUACUGCAGCACAAAAAGAGUUGAGGAUUACAACAAUAUUUCAAGAGCCUUACACAAUGUCCAAAGGCUCCCAGCUGGAGGGCUUCUGCAUGGACCUGCUGUCUGAAGUAGCCAAGAAAGUGGGCUUCAAGUACAAAGUGCACCUGGUCAAAGAUGGCUCUUACGGCAGGCAGGAUGAUAACGGAAACUGGAACGGGAUGGUCGGCGAAGUCGUGAGAGGGGAGGCGGACCUCGCCAUUGCACCGCUGACGCUCACGGCGGCUCGGGAGAAGGUGGUAGGGAUGACCAAACCCUUCAUGCAGACGGGAAUAAGCAUCCUGAUGAGGAAGGACAUCUCAGAGGAAACGGGAUUCUUUGAUUUCCUCACCCCCUUUUCAGCCAAGACGUGGGCUGGCAUCGUUGUUGCUUACCUGGCAACUGCUGCUUGCCUCUCACUAGUAUCCAGAGUCAGCCCAUGUGAGUGGAGUCGUCCUCAGACCGAAGAGAACAUCUUCAGUCUUCCGUACAGUUUGUGGUACGCUGUUGGAGCGCUGACUCUGCAAGGCGCCGGUCCGCACCCCCGAGCACUCUCGGGCCGAGUUAUCUGCUGCAGCUGGUGGUUAUUCACCGUGGUCAUCCUGGCUUGUUAUUUCUCCAACCUCAGCUCGUCAAAGAGUCCCGAGUCCACUCAGCUGACGGUGAAAGGAUUCCAGGACUUGGCCAAUCAGGAUGUGAUCCAGUAUGGAUGCCUGAGUGGCUCCUCCACUUUGGCUUUCUUCAAGAAUUCUGACAACCCAGUGUACCGUAGGAUCUAUGAACACAUGGAGAGAAGUAAAAGUUAUGUUUUGACCAUGGAUGAAGGCAUCCAGCGAGCAAAUGAGGGCAACUUUGCCUUCAUAGGAGAGUCCGUCUCUCUCGACUUGGCGGUGGCGCGUCAUUGUGACCUGGUCAGAGCACAUGAAGUGGUCGGUAUGAGGGGAUACAGCAUCGCCGCAACGCUUGGUUCUCCAAUCCUCAAAAACCUGAGCGUGGCCAUCCUGCAGCUGAGCGAGGCUGGCGAGCUAGCUUAUCUUCAGAGUAAAUGGUGGGCCAGCAGCUGCAUGGUGGACAAGGCCAAGUCCACAGCUGUGCAGCCACACAGUCUCAAGGGGAUGUUUGUGGUUCUUGCGUUGGGCCUGACAUUGGGGGCGGUGCUGGCCGUCCUGGAGCUCUCCUCCAGGAGUCGUAGCAAUGCGACAGCGCAAAAGAAAGCCUUCUGCCGGGUCCUGACUGAGGAAAUGAGCUUGCGUUUCAGGAACAAGAAUGUAAACAACGCUCAAGAGCCUGCUGAUGAUAAGGAUACAGAGAAGGCAUAGAAGCAUCCUGAGAAAACUGACACACAACUUUGUUUUCUUCUGAUUUGACAGAAACGCUAACUGUAGGUUGAGCUAGUGUACCUUUAUAUUACAAAUAAACUUAUAUUCACAUUGUUAGCUAAAUAACAGGUAACAAAAAUGUUCUUAAACAAUUAACAAUUCUAACUGAGCCAACAGCAAUAUGCAUAAAACGUUGUGUAAACAGUCAGCAUGCAACAGGAUGCAAUUAUUACAAUAUGCUGAACUCAAUUAAAAGUGUUUAUCA